AUGAUAUUACUUCGAAAAUCUAUAGGGGUAUGUGUGGGCUAUAGAUCACAUUUCUUGGCUCAAUGCAGCUUCAUCGCUGUGCGUUGCAAAAGUGUACAGGCGCCAGUAUCAAAGAAAUACACCGUGAUUAAACCGAGAAUAUGCAAGCAUAUAAAGGCAAAAGAGAUAACAAUCAAGAAAGGAUCAAGCUCUGCUCACGGAAAUACAAAAGCUCUGACGAAAUCAAAGGCAAAAAAGGCUGCUGUGAAACUAAAGAACACACCAAAAGAACCUAAAUCAACAAAAUCCCCUAAACCGACACCUAAGAAUCCCAAAACCGGGCCAAUUAAGAGCGGUAUUAAGUUUCUGGCGAAGACAACAGUUGCCAUGAAUGUAGCUAAAGUGGUAUCGAAACCUUCGUUUUUGGCAUCAAUCAAACCAAUGUCAAGCAAAAUUGCUACAGUAACAUCAAAGUCAGCCAAAUCAGACACUAAAGGUCCACUAAUUGAUAAUAGCGCAACUACGAGGAAAAUGACAAAUGCAAAACCUAUGCUGUCACCAAAGAAUGGAGGGAAAAAACGGUCCCUGAAGGAGUCUUCAAAGUGCAAUGCUACAAUAGAAGCACCAAAGAGAGCCUUGUUCCCAUUUAGGAUUGUGGAAAAUGCUCCAAAAUUCCCAAUGAAUCAAAGUUGUACAAACCUGAACUCAGGUGUGAACGUUAAGACCAAAAUGGCAUCGUUUCACACAUUUCCCAUAAACGAGACCACCGCAACAAUCACACCCAAAAUUACAGUCAAAGAUGUCAAAAGCGACAAUAACAAAUCAUUGGCUCCAGUCCCUACCCCCGUAGCCACUUUUGAUGCGAACCCCGAAUCCACAACUCCUGUUAAUUGGUCAAGGUUUCUUUACGACAUAUUUGGCACCACAUCCAACAAGAAAGUGGUCGAUUUGAUCCAACCUUCAAAAUAUGAGAAUCGAAUUGAUGAAUAUUCUUAUGAAAUAAAGAGGCGUAAAAAGGCACUAGAGAUGAAACGAGACAAGCCUAAUUUUAGAGGAUUUAAAUUUAUAAAUUAUAAUAAAUUGGCUGAAUUAGGCGUGGGAAGUUAUCAAUUUAGUAACGAAGAGUCAAGUGAUACAAAAGUGUCUGUUAAUAAACAGCAUUUGUUAUUGGCCCAUGACUCAUUGGUGCCUUCGAUAACAAUUAAACAGCCAGAAUGUUUAAAUUUUCGCAACCCAACAGGUUUGGUGUCAUUGGAACAAAUCGGGCAACUGUUGAUCUAUGAGUAUCUACUUACAUGGUCAUUGAUUAAUAAUUUCAAUCCUCAUAAGAUGUGGGUUGAAUUUGGAAAGAAAUGUGAAGGUUUGCAAUUUAUUCAAUUAGACGAAUCAGCAACGAUAUUAAUUUUAGGCUUACAACCAUUGAAUGUGUUUACUGCUAUGGUAUAUUUAGAAGAUAAAGAUUAUGAUUAUGCUAUAAAGAAGUUUCUCAAACAGUUGGCAAUGGCGCACAAACUCAACACCAAUUUCUCCACAGAGUUGUUGAUUGAUAAAUACAUACUAAGCGUAAAUGCUUAUUUGCAACAGUUCCCCGCCCCAAUCAAUUUCAACAUUUUUUCACAGGUGUUUCGACCUCCGUUGUUGAAUUCAUUGCUAAUAAAGUUACCAGCAAUGCCCAAAUUGCAUAAUCAAGAAUUGUACAAAUUGACACAAGUCUCUCUACUUUCACCUCGAACCACAAGGUUUGCUCGAUAUCCAGAGUUGGUGUACCUUCGCGAGCGACUAGAUUCGUUUGGUGAUGCCAUUCUUAAGCGCUAUUCAGUGGAAUAUAUGGUCCACUAUUCCAAAAGCAAUUCAAAAUUUAGAUGGAACAUGGAUGAUGUAGAUUUCAUCAACACAAAUAUUGUGUUUAGCAGUCUUUCCUUUGCUUAUAAGUUGCAUCAAGCGCUAAAUGAUACCGAAAACCAAGCAAAGAUGAAUCACAUUAUCACAAGCAAUGAUUUGAAUAUUGCUAAUGAAUUGUUAGGCGAUAUGUUCGAAAGAGUAGUGGCGAUUGAAUAUUUGGAUAACCCUGAAGUGUGUCGAACUUGGAUUUUCAAAAUUUAUGAUGUUAUUCUUGCCAAUUUGACCAAGGAACACGAUGGAAUUGAGUUCAUUGACAAGGAAAAAUAUGUCAAGCUUUAUGAGUACCAUUUGAGAACUAAAACCAUGUACUAA